AUGGCAUCACCGAUUAGACACUCCCACAAACUCUCCAGAUCUUCACGGCCCCGCAGCUCAACACGGGGACCUUUAGAUGAACCAGAUGACGUCAUUGAUUCAGUCAGCGCGUCCUCUUCGCCCAGCUUGAGCAAAAAUAUCAAUAGUGAUGCCUUCUCGGGGGAUUCUUUUCACGAAUUAGACCCGCUGGCCCCCGAUGACCUCCCAGAAACAUUGGGCAAAGACCUUUCUUUCGUUCUCCGGCAUAAUAUUUUCCAUCCAUUAAAUCAUAGCAACAUUCCAUCUCCACUACGCUCCGAAUUCAUUGUUCUCAACCCCGGCGAACCGCUCUCGUCCUCUCUCGGCGUACUUGAAAAAUUACUCGUUGAAGGUCGUUUCUUGGUCGCUGCACACUUCGCCGCUUCAAUCUUGACAUCCUCUCUGAUAACACCUACGGAUAUCAAGAUUAUCUUUUCCCUGUUUUACACCCGUCUUGCUUGUCUAGAGCUGUGCGGAAAUACGGUUCUUGCGGCCCAGGAGUCUAAGGCAUUAGAGGACCUGAACUCUGCAUUUUACUACAUUGACGUGGGGCGCGAGUCGUCUGAAGUUGAUAACAAAGACAACCAUAUUCCCAAUCAUUACCCUCGUCACAUAGUUCCAUGGCCGUUGCGUGUUCUCGCCGUGAGACUUCAAAGUAUCGGGUUUGGCGACCCCCGCAGAAGUAUUGGGGGUUUAUACGAGAUUGGACUAGAGGCUCGACGGGAGAUUACGAACGAAGCAACCGGGGAGGCAGAACGGAAGAUCUGGAGAGAAAGACUGGCAGAUCUAGGGAUGCGAAGCGUCAAUGCGCUAAUCGAGAUGGGCGAUCUUGAUGCAGCAAAAAGAUCACUGGAAAGUUUACAAUCGGUUGAAUCCGAUACAGAUGCUACUAAACUACGGAAAGCACUUCUUUUCCUACGGACUGGAGAUGUUGAUUCUGCGCAGCGGAUCUUUGGUGACUCAUUGGAGUCAAAGGAGGCGGCUUUGUUGCAGCCGCUCCUGAGCAUGUCAGAUGGUCGUUACAAUGAUGCAGUGGACCAGUGGCGGGCUCUACAAGAAGAUAGAUCAAGGACGGAUGCCUCCUUGGUGGCGCAAAACUUGGCAGUUUGUCUUCUAUACUCUGGGAAACUGGAUGAGGCACGUAAACUCUUGGAAUCUCAAGUCUCUGCCAAUCACUCAUUCAGUAGUCUGGUUUUCAAUUUGUCAACCGUCUACGAGCUCUGUUCCGACAAUGCUGGUCACUUGAAGGGGCAGCUGGCGGCCACUAUCGCAGCUCAGCCAGUCUCUGGACAGACAAACAUGGACCGACCAAACACCGAUUUUAAGCUAUGA